AUGGCUACUGUGAUUCUCUACUAUCUUUCUUAUGUUCUAUUUCUCUUAUUAUGCGAAUGUAAUGGUAAUCUAUUUGAAGACAAAAGAAGAGAAUUAUUAAAUUAUAUCUUGUCAGAACAUUUUCAAUAUUCUUUAUCGAUGCAUACAAAAUUAAUAUAUGAUACAGGUGAUGAUUUAAGUGAAACAAAUGGUGAAAUUGAUAUUGAAUUAUUAAAUAGUUUAAAUCAAAUUGAUAUACAUAAUAUGCCGAUAAUUGAUGAUUAUUCGAAUAAUGAACAAGCACUUGAAUGGCUAAAUUGGUAUACGAAAAUUAUAGAACGUUAUAAUCAAAUAUCCGCUGUUUUAUCAUGGAAUUUUUUGACAAAUAUUACGAAAGAAAAUGAACAACGACAAACACAACAAGAAUUAAUUACAACACUUGGCACAGUGAUCAAAGAUGAUCGUAUAAUUGAAAAAGUAUCAGUACUUCAUUCGAAAAUGGAAAAUAUUUAUUCAACUUCGACUGUAUGCGAAAUUAUAAAUCCGAAACAAUGUCAUCCAUUAGCACCGGAUCUUGAAGAAUUAAUGCAUGUAGAAAAAGAUUAUGAUACUCUUCUAUGGGCAUGGAAAGGAUGGCACGAUAAAUGUGGAAAUCAAAUUCGUCCAUUAUAUCUCGAAUAUAUUGAUUUAUUGACAAAAAAUAUUCAAGAAAAUGGUUUUACUGAUUUAGCUCAAAAUUGGAUUGAUGAUUAUGAGAUGGAUCAUGGUUUUGAAGAAAUGCUCGAUAAACUAUUACAAGAUAUAUUGCCAUUAUACACACAAAUACAUGCUUAUGUAAGAGGAAAAUUGUGUCAAAAAUAUCCGAAAAAAUUUGAUUGUAAUGGACUAAUACCAGCUCAUCUCCUCGGUAACAUGUGGGCACAACAAUGGAAUGAUCGUCUUGAUGAUGUUUUACCCUAUCCAGAAACUCCAUUAGCAAAUAUGACAAAAAUUUUAUUGGAAAAAAAAGUGACCAUUCAGGAAAUGUAUCUUAUUUCUGAAAACUUUUUUACAUCGAUUGGUAUGAGUGCAAUGACAAAAAAAUUUUGGACAAAAUCUAUGUUUAAAAAACCAAAAGAUCGAUCAGUUCUAUGUCAUGCAUCGGCAAGUGAUAUGGCUAAUACGGAUGAUUAUCGAGUGAAAAUAUGUACAGAAAUCAAUGAUGAUAAUUUUUACACAGUUCAUCAUGAAAUGGGUCAUAUUGAAUAUUUUAUGGCGUAUGAUAAGGUACAACCGAUUGUUUAUCGUGAAGGAGCAAAUUCAGCAUUUCACGAGGCUAUUGGUGAUACAAUAGGCAUGUUUGUUCUCUCACCUACACAUCUCAUAAAAUUAGAUUUUAUUAGUGAAGAUAUAAUUAAUGAAAAGUAUGAGAUGAACUUUUUGAUGCGUAUGGCACUUCAAAAAGUGGCCUUUCUUCCAUUUGCUUAUGUUAUGGAUAAAUUUCGUUUUGCUCUAUUUCGAAAUGAAAUUGAUCGUUCAAAAUUGAAUCGUGUAUGGUGGAAUAUGCGUUUAAAAUAUGGUGGUCUUAUGCCACCAGUUGCACGAUCAGAAGAAAAUUUUGAUCCAGGUGCAAAAUAUCAUGUAGUGUCAAAUGUACCUUAUACACGCUAUUUCCUUGCACACAUUCUUCAGUUUCAAUUUCAUCGUUCUCUUUGUCAAAUUGGAGGUCAAAAUGAACUACCAUUACAUUUAUGCGAUAUAUAUCAACAAAAACAUGUCGGUACUCGCUUUCGUCAGAUGCUAGAUAUGGGUAAUUCACGUCAUUGGUCUUAUAUAUUAAAGACUCUAACAGGCGAAAGUACAUUCACAUCAGAAGCUAUUUUAGAUUAUUUUCAGCCACUUCAUAAAUGGAUUAAACAGGAAAAUAUUCGACAAGGAUACCCUGUUGGAUGGUAA